ACUAGUAGAGUCUGGGUGGCGGCACAGUGCGCGCCAACCUCUGGAAGCUCCGAUACCUGUUCCAGACCGUGAGACUCUCGGACCAAUAGACCCAUUCCGCUGCAACUACCUCCCGAGUCUUAGUCCUAUUUCCCGCUUCUGCUUCUUCUUCUUUGGUAUUUGACGCUUUUCCCUCAUUGUGCCAGUCUCUCUAGAGGUCGAUGUGAUCGGAACAGGAUCUGGAGAGAGAAGGAAACUUGGUGUUCGUGUGAUCAAACCGAAGUAUUAUAGAGCGACGUUUCUCCCAAAAGAUGGAAAACGGAAAGUGAGAGAAAGGAGAGUGUGAGAGAGAGAGAUAGAGAGGAGAGCAGUGCGUUGAGAUCUAAUAUAAGUCUGCGAUAAAGAAGCAAUCGCUCGAUCCCAUUUCUUUCUUUUACUGGAGUCUCGAUCGGAUAUUUAUGACUGCGAUUUGAGUGUUAAAACAUUAUUAAGCGAGUGUACGUAUGUAGAAGGAAGAGGUUUUUUCCGAAGUUUCUUUUUUUUUUUUUUUUAAGGCACAGGAGUCUCCUUGACUCGUGAGUGAGUGAAUGGACAUUUAAAAGAGAAAAUUCGAUAAGGAAAAAGUGACCUUUAAUUGUCGCACUCGUCGCUUUUCCUCUCAAACCUACGAUUCUGGAUAGUUUCGUGCUUGGCCGCUCUCGACCUGUUUUGCUUUGACGACUGUGACUUCUAGCGUGGAAGAAAGAUAAGAAAAAAAGGAAAAUAAUUAUUCCCCCUCUGAAUUCUGUGUGUGACAGCGAACUACCUCCCCUUUACUGAUCGUUUUUUUUUUAACACUCGGCCCACUUUUUGACCCUUUUGACCUUUCACCUCAAGUGCCCUUUUCCCCUCCUUCUGCCCUUAUCUAAUCCAACCGGUUUCUUCUUCUUCUUCUUCUUCUAUUCCGCUUUAUCUGGAUAAACAGUGAACUGGCAGCCGCAGAGUCUCCGUCGUACUCGGCGCUGUCCCGUGUGAAUUACAAACUCGUCCCGAAUAUUUAUCAUUACCAAACGUUUGAGAAGCUCGAGGCCACGGCUUCCUCGACACCACCACCAGCCAUCAUGACCAGGAGAGAGGAUGAAUUCGCCGACGGAAAGAGUGUUCAGGACCAAAAUCCGGGAACAACUUCGUCCUCGUUCAUGCAACGCCUCCAUCUCCGGCUCAUGAAGACGGUGGGCGUGGGCGUCCCCUGCGUGAGGUCCUCAAGUAUGACCGACUCGGAGCUCUUCAGCCGAGGGCGGGGUUGCUCGAAGCGGUGGUGCGUCUGCCUCAUCUUAGCCGUCCUUUUCGUCUCUUUGGGCGCCGCCGCUGGAAUAUACUUCGCUUAUCAGUUUCUGGGACUCGAACUGCCCCACGAACACGUUUUCCGGGGAGAGUUCCAGGUGGAGAGCGGAGAUAGGUGGACUCCGGAAUUAUCCGACACCAACAGUGUCCUAUACUCGGCUACAGCCAAACAGUACGCAGCCAGACUAAAUAAUGUCUACAGGAAUUCGGUGUUCAAAAAUGUCUUCAUUCGGGCUGAGGUUCUCGGGUUGGCCAGGAGUGGCCCCGAGAACCGCCUUGUAGUACACUUCAACCUUCACAUCAACUACCGUCGUUUGCACCUGGACGCGGCCGACCUGUACUUGGUCCUGGUAGCCGAAAUACGACGCCCAGAAUCGCGAGCGCUGGCGGGAAUCAAAAUCAACGAGGAUACUGUGGAAAUACAAGCAGAACGAAACCGGUCGGUCCACGACCUCCCGCCACACCUGGCCUCCGACUUCCCGGACUUGGAGCCCUCUGAACUGGGAGGUCAUCCCCAGGUCGAGGUCACGCCUUCGAAGAACCAACUGACGACCUCCACCGUUCCCUCGACUACCACGCCCUCGCCGAGGAGAUGCCAGGCCUUGGACAUCGACCUCUGUUCCAACCUCCAUCACAACGUGACCUCUUAUCCCAACUUGCUGGGUCACGCGGAUGCCAACAGCGUCAAAAACGACAUUAUAUCUGUCAGAGAAGUGAUUGAUUCCGAGUGUCAUCCCUUGGCCCAAGAAUUCUUCUGCGAGUUGUUGCAGCCUGACUGCCGAAGGGCGCAGGCGAUGAACCCGAGCGGUAUCUUCGAGGACGAGCUGGUCAUGCCCUGCAGGGACUUCUGUCAAGAGGUCAUCAAAUCCUGCGGCAGGCGCCUCCCGGCGCACUUCAAGCUUGCCGUAGACUGUACCAAAUUCCCGUCUCUCGUGGAAGGACACGAGUGCACGGCUAAGCCAGGUUGCGCACGGGAGCUGCGCGUCAAGGGUUGGCCGGAACGCGUCUGCGACAGGGUCAUCGACUGCGAAGACAUGUCAGACGAAACCCACUGCGGCCACUGCCCUCCCAAUGGCUUCAGGUGUGGUUCAGGCGGUUCCUGUGUCUCUCAGGAGCGGAGAUGUGACGGCAUCGAAGAUUGUCCAAAUGGUGCUGACGAAAGAGGAUGCUUAUCGCUGACACCGACUCCCACCGACCCAGAAGCCCUGACGGAGCAGCAGUGGGUCGUCUACAACCGGGAGGGGCUGCUUCGCUACACCGAAGGGGGACAGCCCGCCAGGGUCUGCGUCGAUAACAUCAACAAGACCCUCACGACGCAGGAAGCCCAUCAGCUCAUCCACAACAUGGCUGAGGUCACCUGCGACCUUCUCACCUACGGCGGAGUGGAACUCGUGGAAGUUGUGACGGAAGAUGUGUUCGAUCACGUCCCUGGCUUAGGCUACGUGCAGAUCACAGACGUGUACUCCACGAACAUCACCUUCGAACCUGUCAACUGUACACGACGGACUGUGGUGUACAUAGCAUGUUCAGAAUUAGCAUGCGGGGUCCGUCCGCUGUACCUGCCCCCUCAGCAUAAGGUGGUCGAAAACAGCGUCGUCCGGACAGUGGGCAGCGGAGACUGGCCGUGGGCCGCGGCGCUGUUGAAGGACGGCGUCCACGCCUGUGACGCCACUCUGAUCCAUCCCUCCUGGCUCCUCACUACGUCACUGUGUUUCCAAGGGACUUCAUUCAGACAAGGUCGAGCCCUUUGGGUCGCGAAGCUCGGUGGCAUUCGCAUAUCAUCGAAGGCCCCCUGGGUGCAGGAGCGGCUUAUCGUAGGAAUGGUGAAGUCCCCUGUGGAAGGAAGUCAGAUUGUCCUCAUUAAGUUGGCGGAUGCAGAAGUUGAGCUCAGUGAUUACGUACGUCCAGCCUGUCUAGGAUCCCACGGGAAUGUCGACAUGCUGGCCAAGAGGAAGUGUCGCAGUCUGGGAUGGGGUGCUAGACGUGAUCCCUUGGUGGAGUUGUCAGUAAACGUUGUCAGCAAAGACGCCUGUCAGCGAAUAGAUGGUAUCAGAGGAAACACCAUUUGUGCACAACAAACUGACAGAACAGAUAGAUGUCUUCUUGCGGAGCAGAGCGGAGCAGGCCUCCUGUGCGAGUGGGCUGGACGGUGGGAGAUCGUGGGUGUCGCAUCAGCACCAACAGGUUGCACAGAGGGACUACGCCCACGCCUCUACGACGACAUCACGCCCACCACCGUCAGGUGGAUCAAGAAAACGAUCGCAGCAUUCCAGAGAGGGUCGUAACCUCUCUUUUUAGGAUUCCUACUAUCAUCAUAUUUUCCUCUCUAGGAAGAAUUCUUUCUGAAUCACCUACCUGCCACACAUAUUUUACAUGGAGGUCUUGAAAAAAAAAACAUGUUUAAAAAAAUGACAAAAAAAAAUAACCACGAUCUCCAGAAGGCUGUAUUCCUUCUACUUUUUUUUUCCUGUAGGAAUUAAGACACUUUUGCGCGAGUUUGGACCUUAACUGCGUCGCCCCAAACGCGGCAAAAUGAAGAUGACAGACAGACACACGCACAAGACGCCCCUCGGAGCUGAUGUGAGAACACACAGCUGCUGCUGUUGCUGUCAUCACGAAAUGCUGAUAGAUACCGCUGUCCUUUUCCGCCUCUGAUUCUCCCUCAUGUCUUCCCGUUUUCAUUUUUUGGUCUUGAAACAACCAUAUCAAAUACAUAUCUCACUAAUGGUAGUUUUCAUUUGGUAUCACAAAUUAUAUUUUGAAGAGAUUUUAUUGUUGGUUUUGUGUAGAGAUUUUAAAUAAAAAGAGAGUUUAAAUCAGCAGUCGGCGAGUAUGUAGAAGGCUGGCUGUCUGAGUUUAUUGAUCUAUUGUAUAAACAAAAUGUUACGUUACGCAAAAUGGCACAAUUAAUGUUAUUCCUUAUGCUAUGAAGCCCCAUAUCCCCAGUGUUACAAAUUCUCAUCCAUUUCUGUUUUCCAUGUAAGAAAAAAAAGGCUACAUUAUCAGAUGUCUCAAUCAAUUGACAAACCAAACUGAGAGAUAUGGGCCCCAUAUUUUACUGUGUCGUGCAUAGAAAUAGAUUAGGCGAUAGAAGUGGAAACCCUCCAUCUUGGGGUUUCCUCACAGCUUGUGGAUGGUGUAAAUAAUGCAAAGUCUAAUUUGCACACUCGUUCGCAAUUAUUUGGACGGUUGCAACAGUGUGAAAAAAAGCGCGUGUUUUUUCUCCACGGUGGCCCCAGACGCUGCCGUCGCAUAUAGAUGGAGUGUGUGUUAGUAAGCCCUUCCGGGCAAGAGUGAUGUAUGUAUGUGUGUGUGUACGUAUGUGCGUGUAUGCUAUCUCGCUCCAUGAUUACAUGGGCAGUGCAUUAUGUUCAGUGCAUUGCUAAAAAAUCCUAGGGCUACUUUUGCUGGUGGUUCCAUGUUUAUAUGUGCUUUUUCGGAACUGUGACAACUACGUCUCUUGAUUCAUUCACUGCCCGCGAAGAAGAAGAAGAAACCUAAACAAAAGCGAAACCAUUUGCGAUGAGCAUCACUCUCAGUUAACUCGUGCGGUAUUCGUGACUCAACAGUGCGUAGUUGUUCGCAACUAUCUAUCGAUAAAUGUUGUAAAUUAUUUUUUUCUCUCUCUUUUGAGUUGCCGUUCCUUUGAUGUGUGAGCCGAAAUACGGUUGCAGAGUAAUUUUUAUAAUUUCACAAUGACCUGUUGUAAAGAAACACAUAACGAGAACCUUAGGAGUUUUAAAGCAAAACAAAAAGAGGUGUUUCCAUGCUCUGUAUGGUCUGUAAUUUAGCGCCAAAAACAAGAGAAAUCUUUCUUCAAGUUCGGCAAAUCACUUUGGGUAAAUCGCAACUUCGACCGACAAGUCGGCUGAGCUUGGAAACUAAAUGCAGAGGUUUAAAGCGAUAUUUGAAUUACUUGUGGUUUAAGGAAGAGGCACACUGUAGACAAAAUGAUGGAAGUAUCGUUUCUUUGCUUUGGAUUUUAUAAUAUUUGGAUAUUAUAAAAAGUAUUAUUGAACACUUUUGCAAGUAUUAAACUUACUAUUACUGAUACUCUAGUAAAAAGGUAUACCAAAAAAUUUUAGCACCAUAAGCAUUACUUCCUUUUCAAGAGUAACAAAGUUAUUUUCUUGAAAAUGUCCAAUAGAUAUAAAUCAACAUUUAAAUACUCAUUAAAUGUUGUAGAUGAGAUCAAACAAAACUGUUUAGAAUUCUGAGAACCGCAAAUCAGCUGUACUCUUCUAAGAAAUGCAAAAUAAUAAUUUUGUUUAGUACAAUUUUAGUAUUUUAUGAAGCUGUGAUAAUAGAGAAAUGCUCACUAUUUCAGUGCACGGACAUCGAGUUCAUUAAUAUACCCAGUAAUGAUAAGAAAUCAGAUACUUUUUGUCUUUGAAGAAGUAAGACGUGCAUAACAGCGAGAGUUAUUCUAUUAUGAUAUAAAUGCAGCCUCGCUCUCAUAAAUUCAACCUUCUUCUGUGUGCAGCAGAAAGGCCACGUUGCUGAAAUUAAUGACGACGUCUUUGCCACCAUCUGUAUACCCUUAAUAUACUACAGAAGGCAUUAGGAACUGAGGUAUUUUCUAAAAAAUUUAAAAGAUCACACUUGAACCCUUGGCCAAAACUCCGUAUUGAAAACAAACUAAAAAAAAAAAAAAUUGCCUAGACCUGAGCAUCAUACUGAGCUAUGAGCACUCACCAGAUGUAGGAAACGAUAGGUAGGAACCAAGGCGGGUAAAUAAUGCCUCCUUGGGGUAGGACACUCUAGUCUAUACUGCUAGGUGGAAUUGUUUUAUAUGUGUGUUAGUAAAGGGGCAGGACACCUGCCAGUAUGCUCCACAUACUUUUAAGGAAGCGUGCAUGCGUGUGUGUGGUCAUUUUUUGGCUGAGUUGAAUCGUAUCAUGUGGAGCUGCGGAGGUUAGGAGAUCCUGCCCUGGGAAAAUGUAAAAAAAAACUUUAUGUAAUGUGGCAGUUAAAUGUGAUGCAUAAGAUAAAUAUUUUUGUUGAACUUCUGAAUGCAUUUAUUUAUCAAGAUAUAUGUGACAUAUUUUCAUAGACUAAGUCAAUUCGCAGGGUGAACAUAUACAGUUGUCUGGUGGUUAAGGAAACUGCUCUGGAAAUUUGGAGAUUCAAGAAACUUUUUUUUUUUUCAGGGGUUCGUUUACAAAAAAAAUUGUCCUUUGUGAGGUUUCAUGUGUUUGCGUGGUUUAGUGUACGAUUUUUUAAAAAGUCCUUCUACAGUGUGGUAUUUUUUACUGUACCCUCGUCUCGUGUGUUCCAUUUUAUAUUUUCAUGAUACUGUAUAAUGAAAAGCUGAAAGGGCAAGUACAUGUUGUAUCACUGUAGUCAAAUGACCUAGAAAAUAGAUAUAAAAGUAUAAUGAGUAUAGAGGAGAGACUGAUUCGUCUAUCUUCCAGUACAGCAAGAGUUAUCGAUUAAAAAAAACAGGAUUUGCUGGCCAAUGACAUUACAGCAAUGAUGAAAACUGCAGUUUUGAUUGAAGCAAAUAUGAUCUACUUGUUUGCAUAUGGGUGAGAAAUUGUACAAUUCAUGUAUAUACUCUACCACCUUGAAUAACGACUGUACGGUAGUUUACUCGAUGUAAACAAGCAGUCAUUUCUAUCAAAACUAUUUUGAAUGAAACUUAUCUAUGGAGAAGGACUAUUAUCCUUUAGCUGUACACAAUUAUUUCCUCUCUCCUAUAUGGUAUGUAACUAGAAUUAUCGGUCUGUCUGUGAAGAUAGAAUCGUGUUGUUAACAAAGCGUUUUGCUGUGGCGCUGUCAUUGUGAACGGCUGUGGAAUCUUUUAAAAAAUGACAUUUGUGGUAUUUUUCCUGACCAGAGUUGUGUGGAGUGUGUCAGUGAUGGAAAUGCUUUUUUUAUUCUCAAUUAUUCCCAUGGGUCUGACCGUCCUUUUUCCACCAGCGAAUGAUGUAAGUUUCCAGAUAAUCUGUCGUGUCCCCCUGCUUCUUCCAGUGAAAGUGUACUACUACCAAUGAUGGACAUGUAACAAUUGCUGCCUGCAAUGUAUAAAUAAUAUUGUAAAUUGGUUCAUGUAUAAAUAAUAUGUUUGAUGAAAAAAA